UAUGCUGUGUAUGGGACUAGCUUGAUGAGUAGCCGUCCGAUCCAUCAUAUCACACGAUACUCGAUUUUUUUUUGGUGGAGAACAAUGACUACAACUCAAUGCAUUGUGUACUGCUCAUCAUUCUUUCAAUUUGGUGGCUGGGCGGGGUUGUCUUUCAUGUCUCUCAAAGGAUCUAUUGUUAGACGGGUCGCUAAGAUGGCAUCCUUUGGAGUCUUGAAGACGGCAUUGUAUGCUACAAAGGACUUGUAUCCGUCCUCGAAAAGCCGCCGUUAUCACUCACCUACAAAUACAGGUGUAUUUCCACGAGAUGGCAUUUCAGGAAGACAGCUUUUCAGGUCACUUACAACACUGUUGUCUUUUCACAAAAUUUUGAUUAUAAACAUUGCAAGGCUCACACCUCAGGGCAUAAAUUACCUUACUUGCUACGAGAGUAUUACGGCUUCCAACAUCACCAUGAGUAGCCCCAAGCGCACCGCAUCUUCCCCUGAUAGUGUUGCUACACGGCGUAGUUCUAGAUCUGCUUCUGCUCGCGCCGUGUCGGCCCCUCCCCCUACCCCUUCCAGGAGACGCUCGAACCCACCCACCUCACCAACCGCUGAGCGGGUCCAGUCGCCCAGGAAACGCUCACACCCUUCUUUAUCGCCAACCUCGGAGCGAUCUCAGCCAUCUAGGAAAAGUUCAAGGUCUACUCGCUCGGCAUCCGCACAAUCCCAAUCGUCGAAGAGACAGAGAACGGAGGCUUUGGAACCUACAUCUCCCCGAGUGUCGAAGAAGUCCAAGCCCCCACCCAUUGCUACUCUCUUCCAAGCUCGGGAGCACCCUUCCACGAACACUAAUCCUCCCCCUUUCAAUGAGGCAUGGGGACUCAUUCCCACGAUCCCCGAUGGAGGCCCCGUGGCACGCACAGAUCAACCUCCUGCGCGAUCCAGCAAUGCCCAAACAGUCCCUCCCCUCUGGGAAGACCGCAAGCAGCGCUUCCAGAUCGGCAACCGCUUCAUCCAGAAGGACAUCAGCAGCAGUAGCCGUGAUUUAGACCAGGAGGAACUGUUGCAACUCAAGCUCAUCGACCUGAGGGAGACAUCCAAGCACAACAAGGCGCCUAGACGUAAGCCUGUCUUCUACGAGUGGAAUCCGGAGAAAGGUGCUCCUAUCGAUUGGAAUAACAAACAGGCCAUCAAAGCCUUGAACGAUAGGCGGCAACAGGCCAUCUCCAGAAUCACAAGGGAUCGGGAUUGGACGGAGGAGGAGCGAGCGGAGCUUGCCGAUAUCUUCGCCCAGUCCCCAGAUAUUUCCAUCCUGGAGGCUACCGAGAGGUUCAACUGGUGGAUGCUAGGCACAGACGAGGCGUGGCUCGAGGACAAUAUGUUGCGAACAGUGGAAAGUGUCAGGUACGAGUACUUGUCGCAUCAGGAGUCAUACGAUGCUGGCGGGAAGCCGAAGACGAGGAAGAAGGGUACGAAGAAGAGGAAGCUGGAGGAGGUCGAUGACUCCUCAGACGGAGGUGAUGAUGAUGAUGAUGGACAGCCAGCCCCGAAGAAGUCUAAGAAGACGGCCGACAAACCAACCGCAAAGAAAACUGGCAAGACGGCCGCGAAAGGGGCCAAGAAAGCGACUCGGGCCGUUGUUCAGCUGUCCCCAUCUCCACCCCCACCACCUGCCGGGAGCAGGAAGGGGAGGACCGUGCCCAGACACACCUCAGGCCUGAAUAUUGAUAUGGGUAGGCAUCUGGAAGAUGUAUAUUAUGACGUCAAUAUCACUUUGGCAUUGCAAGGUCUGGUCCAGAGUACGAUUGGUAACAGUCGGAGGAGCGUACGGAAUCUCGAACGAACCAUCAACGACAUCUAUUACGAUCCAGAUUUGAUGUUUCGCCUCACCCAAGGUGAGCUCGAACUUGCUCUUGUCGUUCGGGAGCCCACCGCUCAGCCUGCUCCCACCACGAGCGGGCCCGCACAGGCCACAGAGGCAGAGGGCCAGGAAGACGACUGGGAGUCUACGGAUGAAGAAGAGGAAGACCCAGCAGAAUAG